CCUCCAGCGUGACUGAGGGAUCUAUAAGAAGCCUGUGAGGAGUAUAACACCACAGGCACUCCCACUGCGCUUACAAUAAGUGCAGCUUUCUUUCUUUCUGUGCUACAGGACUUUUAAUCUGCAAACAUGAUCAGCCGAAAUACCAAAAACGUUCUUGUGGUGUCUUUUGGAUUUUUGUCCUUGUUCACCGCUUAUGGAGGACUGCAGAGUCUACAGAGCAGUCUAAAUGCUGAAGCAGGAAUGGGUGUGAUAUCGCUGAGUGUCAUCUAUGGAACCAUUAUUCUGUCUUCCAUGUUUCUGCCGCCCAUUAUGAUCAAAAAUCUGGGCUGCAAAUGGACCAUCUUUAUCUCAAUGGCCUGUUACAUCUCCUAUUCUUUUGGCAAUCUCUUCCCUGGAUGGCCGAGUCUGAUUGCCACCUCAGCUAUUCUGGGUUUAGGAGGAUCUCCUCUUUGGUCUGCAAAAUGCACCUACCUCACUAUAAGUGGAAACAACCAAGCAGCAAAAGAAAACAAGAAAGGCCAGGACGUCAUAAACCAGUACUUUGGCACCUUCUUCCUCAUCUUCCAAUCAUCUGCUGUCUGGGGAAACCUUAUGUCAUCUCUUAUAUUUGGACAGGACUCUAACAUAGCUGACAUUCCUGAGGAGAAUCUUCAGUACUGUGGUGCAGCUCUCUGUAAUGAAAACUUCACAACCACAGGAAACUUCACCCAGCCAGAGCAAAACCUGCGCAACAUACUGAUGGGCUGCUAUAUUGGUGUGGGGGUUUUGGCCAUGGUCCUUGUUGCAUUAUUCCUGGAUAACAUUGAUGGAGAGACAGCUCGGGAAUUUCGAAGGAGCAGAGGAAAUAAGUCUUUCUGCAGCACCUUUCUGGCCACGUUUAGUCUUUUGAGAGAUAAAAGGCUGUUAAUGCUUAUUCCUUUAACCAUGUACAGUGGAUUUGAACAAAGCUUCCUUGCUGGGGAAUACACUAAGAAUUACGUCACCUGUGCACUGGGAAUCCAUUAUGUCGGUUUUUCGAUGAUCUGCUUCGGAGCUGUAAAUUCACUGAGCUCCUAUCUGUUUGGGAGGCUGGCUCAGUACACUGGAAGAAUUGCCCUCUUUUGCCUGGCGGCUGUGGUAAACCUGAGCUGUGCUAUUGCUCUGCUCUUAUGGAGUCCUCAUCCAGAUCAGCUGCCUGUCUUCUUUGUGUUCCCUGCCCUCUGGGGCGUGGGUGAUGCUGUAUGGCAGACUCAAACCAACGCACUCUAUGGAACUCUCUUCCCAAACCACAAGGAGGCAGCAUUUGCCAACUAUCGCAUGUGGGAGUCCCUGGGUUUUGUGAUUGCUUUUGCAUACAGCACCUACAUCUGUCUGUCCACCAAAAUCUACAUUCUUAUAUCAGUUCUGGCACUGACCAUGGUAACUUACCUCUGGGUCGAGUACAACGAGUACAGGAAUCCGACUCCACAAGUGAAUUUAACUGACGACAAACUAGAGAAGGACUACAAAAGGAUCACUGAUUCUGGGACAAUGGUUAUUGCACAGACUAAUUUGUAGGACAGAAACAUAAACAGAAAACUAAAUGAUUUUUUACUAACAUGAGAAUUUUAGAUUAAAACUCAGGAUGACAGCUCUUAAUAAAAAACAGCUGAUUGGUUUAGCUGGUUUACCAAAAUAAUAUACUUUGCUAAUCUUGCCAAAAAGCAUGACCAAUCUAAAACCAGCCACCAUUAAAAGAUGGUCAUAGCUGGAUUUUGUAGUAUUAUCAUUUUUUUCACAUUAUUUUGAAACUAUUUUAAAGGAAAUGUGAUGUUAUUUUUGUAGCCAUGUCCAUAAUUUAUCUGUUUUGUAAAUAAAUAUUUGUGUAAUUCAGUGCAUUAUGUAUUUGUACAGCUGCUUGUAAAUGACAUAUUACAUGUUUGUGCUUUGAUUAAAAUGUGUUUGUGUUAAAUAAAAUCAAGAAACUAUUAAUAAUAAAAAUGUGGAACCUGAUGGUUCUGUGUAUGCACAUGAAAUGUAUUUACUACAUUUUUAAAUGUCCUAAAAUACAGGUUAUGUGUGUGAAAAAGACUUGUAACCUGUCCUAAGUGUGCUGACAGUGAAAUGAAUGGUUACAUGAGAUUCUUGAGUUCUUUCAGAUUUAUUUUUGAAUUAAUCGAAAAAUAAGCCUGAGAUCCCCCUUUUCUAUUUUCUAUUUCCUGCUCUUUGUCUCACAGAGCAGGAAGGCGAUUUGUUCUUGUACAUAUAUUUUUGUGUACAUUUUUGUUAGAUUUAACGUGAUAACACCAUCUUCUCAUUAUGAUAAUCUUAGUUUCAUUCAUAGAAAAGUUAGUGCAAGAGUCUGGAAGAAAGGACCUGUGUCCAUGUUGAUUGAGGAGAAACAGACAUGUUUUUGCAACACUGGGUUGCAACAGUGGUGUAUGGUUACCAGUGAUGGCAAGCAUAAGCCACUGUUAUAGACUCUGAGCACCAAGAUGUGAAAAAUAUUAGUUAUACAUCUAUAUUGUGUACUAAAUUGUCUUAUUUAACUAAUAUUAAAUCAUUAAUAUUUGGCCAUCUAA